AUGCGACGGCGCGUUAUUUGUGGAGUCGAGAGCGUCCGUUCAGUGCGAGUGGCCAGUGCGUACCGACAGCAUCGUUCGCCCAGCCUCGCCAUGUUGAUCGAGACCAGGCCUCCGCCGGCGCCGCCGAAAGACUUGGCGCUGUGGAACAAGAGCAUCUCGCAGCGGUGGCGGCGGCUGCGCAGGCGCUGCUCGUCGUUCACGACGCCGACGUCGACGUCGCCAGGGUCCGGGCAGCAGGAGCGGCUGCUGGAGGCGCCGGCGACGCCCGUCCAGGUGAAGGCGGCGUCGGCACCGCGGCACGCGCACAUGGCGUCGGCACUGAGCCGGUCCGCAGAGCGGCUGGACGCGCGCCAGCGCGCCGCUGAGCCCGAGGAGGCGGCCACCCCCGGGGGCGGCGGCUCCACGCCCGGCCGCGGCGGCGGCUCCGUGCCGCUGCUCCGCCGCCUCCAUGCGGGGCUGCGCAAGCGCAGGGCGCUCUCCGUUCACGAGCCGAAUGGAGAAGACGGGGUCUUUGUUGCUGGCAUUGGGCAGCGGCGCAGGAAGAGCAGAAGUUGCCGCAAGGGAAGAUUUUCCGCCGACCGGAAGCUGGCCGGAGGCAACGACCGGCCGCAUUCAUUGCAACAAGCAGAGGCCGGAGGCUCCGCGGCGUGGGCGCCCGCUACGCCUACUCCCGUGUACGCCAGCUGCUGUGGCGGCCACUAUUCAGCCGUGACGGCGCCGCUUCCGCCGCCGCCGGCGACGUCUGUGUCGACGACGUUCUACGUGCCGUCGCCGCUGGUGGAGGAGCCGACGUCGCUGCCGCCCACGCUGGGCGGCUGCAGCCGGCGGUCGUCGGGGCGCGGCACCAGCACGGGCACCGACAGCGACAGCACCGGCACCGCCUCCUCCGGCGCCGCCGACCACGGCUACCACAGCAUCGAGCGGCCCCCGGCCUCGCAGCCGCCCCACGGCCGCCGCUGGUCGCUCGCCGCCGACGCCUACGACGCCGCCGCGCGCGCCGCCUCAGACACCGACAGCGGCUUCGCAGAGCACCCGCCCCCGCCGCGCGCGUUCGCCAUCGGCGGCGUGGUGUCGCGCCAGGCCGCGGAGACGCCGCUGCCGCCGCCGGACUCUGGCCCGGCGUCGCUGCCGCCCGACGACGACCUCCAGCGGCGGCGCCGCGCACUAGUCGCCGAGCUGCAGCAGCAGAUCCGCAGGGGCGCGCCGCACCGCGACGGCAGGCACCUCGCAGCAUCAACAGGAGAGCGCAUAUCAGAAGUGGUGGAGGAGGAAGCGGAGGGUGAGGGAGCAGCAGACGGAGAGGAGGAGAGCCGUUUCUGCACGCUGCCACGCCACGGCCGUGGGGCUUCCUUCACCAUCCUGACUGUUGCCUUCACCAAGGGGCCGGGCCACAAAGGGCUCGGGUUCAGCAUUGUCGGCGGCCGCGAUUCCCCACGCGGUUCCAUGGGCAUCUAUGUCAAGACUGUGUUUCCUCAUGGACAAGCUGCAGACAGCGGGAGGCUCAAGGAAGGUGAUGAGAUUCUAGCUGUCAACGGCAAGCCGUUACAUGGUCUGAGCCAUCAGGAAGCCAUAGCUGUUUUCAAGGACUUUAAAAGUGGACAAAUGCUGAUUCAUAUUGGACGCAGAAUACCAAAACGUCGACGAGAAUCACUUCCGCGCCCUCUGGCGUAAAAGCAUUUGUAGUGUUGCUGUAAUGCCACACUCAAUGCCAUUUCCUGUGUCAGUUGACGCUGCAAAUUGUGAACUGAUAUGAGGUGCUAGUCCUUAUGAUGAAUGAAACAGACAGUUUUAUCUUUGACUGAAGAACUUACUCUCAUUGUUUUAUGCUCGAAAAAGUUGUAUUUAACUUGUGUAUUCUGAAGCAGAGAGAGAGAGAAAAGUGACUGUGUACAGGAAGACCUUUUUUGAUAAAUAUUGAACAGAAAUUUUGUAGUAUAUGUGCUUUACCUGUACAGUGGAUAAUAUACAAAUCAGUAAGUUCCAUUUAAUAUAUAAUUUUUGUUAUAUUGUUAGUUGCUGUUUUCUGACGUUAUAAUAUUACAUUUACAUGUGGUAGCUUUAAAUGAUUACUUGUAUUUGCUCUGCCUGUGAUACUGAGAAUAUUAAGAUAUAACACAGCGCUCUUCCAAAGUGUGUGAUGUAUCAUUGAGUUAGAAGUUCUAUCUUAGAAGAAAUUGAACACUUUUGGAAACAGAUUUUUAUUCUAAAAAGAAAGGAUGCAAAGACGCAUUCCAAGGUAUCAGACCUUUCCAAACACCUUUAGACAAUUGUAAACAUUAUUCUGUGAUGAUUAAAAGAGUAUCUGUUCUGAUCA